CGCUCCGUUCCGUUGCCUGCCUUGCUAGCCAGUCCUCCGCUGGUUGCGCUCAGGCGCACCUGUGCGCUACCGUCCUCAAUGACUGUCAGUGUUGUGUUGUGUUUGUGAUCGUCAUUACCAUUCUGCAUAUUGGAACUAUCCUCUCUUUAUCACGAACUGUAAAGGGAUAGCACUGGAUUAGCUCCGUCUCCUAUUUACCUGUGUGGAUCCAACGGUUUUUCUUGCUUGCGGUCUGCGCCAGUGUUGCUUGAUAAAUCAAUAGUUGAUUUUGAGCGACCAACCAGUCAACAUACACCAAGAUGGCGUAGAAAAACGGUCAGAGAUAUCCAUCACUAAAGCUAUUAAAUAACCUAAUGGAAGGAGAAUCGAUAACGAAAAGUAAUCUGAUUUCGUCCAUUACAAGUUUCAACACCGAGGGCAAAGAACACAAUACCAUAAAAGCACUUUUAAAAAACUUCAUUUUAACAGACACCACUAAAAUGGCUAUAAAGGAAAAUCAAAGUGACAGCAAUAACUAUGUUUAUACAAUACCUGUCAAACCACCUGUGCCAACAAUGAACAAUCGAAUGAAAUCAAUCAAUGCUGCCAAGUUAGCAUUUUUGAAUUCCACCGUAGAAUCUUCACCGGAAUCAAGACAAGAUACAAAUAAAAAUGACUCAAACGUUCACUACGCACAAAUAGCUAUUACUACUGAAAGUGAAGACACUAGAAGCACUGGAGGAGGGAUAAAUAUAAAACAAGCCCAUUCUGUAAAAAAUAAUCUAACAGCGAAUAACCCAGUCGAAAUUGCACCAAAUUUAAAAAAGAAAGUAGAACCACAACAUAGAAAGGUUAGUUUCAAAAUAAAAAAUGCAUCAACAUCAUACAGACGUCCACCGCUGGCUACCAAAACUACAAUGACUUUAGCAAGUAAUAAAGUUUCAGAAUUGACAAAGAAAUUCAAUAAUUUAGUUACCGAAUCUCAUAAUGGACCAAUUAAACAGAUGAAAAUUUCAAAAUCUAUUGAGGACUUAGAAUAUUCUUCUCGAUGUUCAGCCAGUAAUACUUCUACCCCUUCAUCAACUUUGAGUUCAAGUCCGAACAUUAAAAUAGUUUUACGUCAAAAAAGAGGUUCAAAAAGGAGAAAUCACAAAAAACGGUGUUCUAGCAUGGAUUCCAUAGACAAACUAAUAAUUACCGAUAAUUCAUCAGCCAAAUAUCGCAUAAUUCGUUCUAAAUCCGAUGGAACUAAAAUUCCAAAAACACCAAAGAAGCGUUUAAAAUAUUUGGACUCUAGCGAACAUUGUAGUGGAUCUGAUUCUGUAGAUGGCACUCCGGUGAAACCUUUAAAAAACCAAUCAGUUAAAGAAAGUUCGGGGGAAAACAAUGUUGUUAAAAACGUUAUCAAAAAAUUCGAAUGUGAAAUUAUAGCUCAAUCUAAUUCUAAUAAUACUUUAAGAAAACAAACCGAAAAAACAAUGAGUACAAUUCCGUUAAAAGAGAAACCGAAAGUACCUGAAAAGAAAUCUACGUUAGUUUUAACUAAAAAUAUAGUUGUAAAAGAUGGAGUUCCAAAAAUUAAGACCAUUAAACCGUCUUACAGCGACUCACUGGUGAAACAAGAUAAAAGUAUAAAUAUGGAGGUGAAAAAGAAAGACCUUCUGUAUGACCGAAAAAAAUACAGAACGAACUACUUCCACUCUGAUAAAUUACCACUAAAAGCCGUUGAAAUUAUUCAGGAGGAUGACAAUGAAGUAAAACCUAACCAAGAAGAGCUGAAAUUAUCUCCUGCCAGUCACGAAAUUAAGGAAGAAGACGGUAAAACCUAUGAGGAGCUUAACCCAAAUAUAACCCCUAAUGAUUCGUUUUUAUGGAGACGGAAAAGUAGUACUCAAAUUUAUUCUGAUAGUGAGAAAUCUGUGUCGGAUAGCCCUUACAGUUUUAUAAGUGUAACAAUGAAUGAGAUCACUAUUACUUGCACUGGCCCGGCAACCGAAGUUCCAGUUAAUGAAGAAUCUCAAAUAUCAGAGAAAAGUGAAUCUCAAAGUACUGAUAAGAGAGAAUCAAAUUCCGAUUUUGAAAGUAAUCUAGUCGAAGCUUAUAACAAAGAAGUUCUUGUAGGAUUUACAUCUAAACCGAAAAAUGAACCGGUCAUCGACGAUGAUUACGAACCCUUAGAACCAAGAAACACAGAAAAUAUUGUGAUAAUACCAGUCAAAAUGAUAGACAGGGGUUCAAAAGUAAAUUGCCCCUUGCCCGAAAUACCAAAAGAGGCAGACAAAGAUGUUGAGACUCCGACAAUAACCGUGAAGGAACCUAUUUACCAAUGCCUAUUAGAGAUGAGGUCACAUCCUGAAGGGGAUGAGAGUAGCUUACACAAUUAUGAACUUUGCGAUGAUCAAUUGGAAGAAAGAACUCGCGGUGACGGUGAUAGCGACGAUGGCUAUGAAUAUUGCAAGUCACCGAUCAAACCUUACUGUUUGACCUCAAGCUCAGGCAUUCAGAUCGCGGAAGAUUACAGACCUUCCACAGAUAAUAACAAAAACUACGCAAUCUCAAAAUCAGUUAGUGGAACUUCAACCGUAAGCUAUGAAAAGAUUGGUUCGGAGCGAAUAUACGAAAAAAUUCCACCUCGACCGCCAAAGUCCAAAGAUAGUAGUCCAAGCUACAGUAGCCGCCAUUCCUUUAUAUCUUCAGACUACACAGGGUACAACGAUACGGAAAAUAUUUACGAUACUAUCAAACAUGGUGAUAGUGUAUCACUGUCACAUUGCUACGAAAGUAUUCCGAAUAGCCCAAGUAUGGUAAAAUUAAGAAACAAUUUGAAGAAACAGCUGUCUUCAGCGGUUCAGAAACGGUUAUCUUUUGACACGGUGUCGAACAUUAGUCAGUCAACAAUGUCUAGUGAACAAAAAACGAACAGCAUCUAUGGGCAACGAUCAGUUCUCAGCUACAACGGUCAAGAGAUCACCUUCCAAGUGCCAAGCAGUGAAACCAGCGUGAGCGACCGAAGCGACAGGAGCGAUGAUUGGGUCGAUGUUUCUGAUGAAGAGAAAAAUGAGGAACAAAAAAUCAUCAUUGUGCGUGAACGUAGCCGAGGCAGAAAAAGUCCAGUCAGCUGGUCGCAGAAAGUGAGACACCAAUGGCAUAAAUCACCGAAGCGCAAAAGCGAAGACAAGGAAUGUGACAGUAGCGACUCCGGCCACCUGUACGAGUCGCUGGAGCCGGCGCCGGCGCAGCCUUCACGCGCAGCGCCCCUCCCUCCGCCCGCACCGCUCCACGACGACAUCGACUCCUUCGACAGUGACUCCGACUUCGAGAACAUUGACAAGAGUGCGCAAGCGCCGCCGUUGCCAGCGUCCCGCCUGCCGUCGCCACCUAGCGGCGGGCAAUACACGCUCACGAAGAUCGCGAGCGCCGCCCAGCGGAAGAUGCGUCAGAUCAAGCGGAAUCUCACCAAGCGAUACAGCGUUGCAAUGGACGGCAAACCAUUCAGCAAAUCGCAGUCGAACGGCACCGUGUACGACGCACCAAAAGCGAAGGGUAAAAGCCCCAUAUACGCCAACUACGAGCCGCCUGAGAUCCAGCACCCCUACAGUAACGUAAACUUUCCGGACCCGCGCCCCAAUAAGACUGAGAAAACCGAAGCUGGUGCAAAAGUUAAUGGGUUCAAAGAGGAAUUGAAGACUGUCGUUGGAGAAAAGAGAUUGAGCACCGGGGACAUACCACCUCCUUUACCCGACAAAGUUGUUAUAGAAACUCCGACUACUCCUACUGAGUGCAAGAAGGAUAGCGGCACGUUGUCUCGGAAGGCGUAUUUCUCCUUCAAGUCUCGAUUCAGAAGAGCCACUUCGAUGGCAGUGGACAUUAAUGCCGAAGUACCCAGCGCUCUGAAGAUCACCAACUCGACGUUCUAUUUGACGGACUCUAUGGACGGUGAUUCCGGAUUUAGCAACUGCAGCGACAGCGGGCAAGCGGGCAGCACAGAAACUCUAUCAGGCAGCGCUCGCAGACGCGACGGUACUCGUUUACGACCCACCUGGGCGGAAUCCACGCCCUGUCUCUCUCCCUCUCCCUCCCCCGCGCUAGCGCCAUCUCCCUCCCCCUCCCCCUCGCCCGCACCCCCCUUAAUGCCCCUACAGAGGCCCCGCGCCCCGCCCCCGCCGCCUCCCGGGCCCGCGCCCCCGCAGACCGACCUUAGCGCUGUCAACGAAGAACUGAAGCGGCUGCUGCCGACGUUGUCGCGCAAGGAGAAGAGCCCGCGCACGCGCACCUCGUGGUACGCGGAGUGCGGCGCCGACACCGCCUCCAUCGCCACAUCCAAUACUUCAUGGUACGCGGAAGCCGGACUGACUCCAGCAGGCCACGUGUCGUCAUCAUCCGGCGCCUCGUCGGGCUCGCACCCCGCCUCGCCGCUGCCUCGCUCGCUGUUCACGCACGAACCCUUGUACCAAUUCUACAACGCCGCUAAAGUUGAGUCAGUUUGCCGGGAAACGGGCGACUCGGACUCGGACACGUACGAGAGUAGCGCGGGCGCAGACAGCAGCCAGCAGGAGACGCCCGCGCCGCGCCCCUCCGCGAUGACACUAGUGGCGCCCCGCGGCCCCGCCCGCACUCUUUGGUGCGAGGUGCCGGAAGUGCUGGCAUCAGCUGUCCUCAGUUCUCUAGCUCCGGCGCAGAAGCGUCUCCAAGAGGCAAAGUUCGAGUUGCUCACUUCAGAAGCGUCAUACCUCAACUCUUUGAACGUACUGGAGACACACUUCAUCGCGCACCCCGCCUUCCGGGACCCCCUCGUGCUGCCCAGGGAGGAUUGGGAAACUCUGUUCUCUACCAUCUUACCAGUACGUAAAUGCUCCCAACUCCUCAUGAACGAGCUGGAGAAGUGCUGGCAAGAAAGUAUUCUGCUUCAAGGCAUCUGCGACAUAGUGAGGAAACACGCGGAGGAACACUUCGGAGUGUACGUCAAGUACUGCGAGAACCAAGCGCUGAUGGUCAAAGCGCUGCAGCGGCUAAGGGAGCGGCCUGCUUUUGCUGCAGCGCUGAAAAGACUGGAGAGCCACCCGGCAUGUCAGAGCCUGUCCCUCCACUCGUUCCUGAUGCUGCCGAUGCAGCGCGUGACCCGCCUGCCUCUACUGCUGGACGCGGUACUGCGCCAUCUACCGACGCGGGACCAGGAGUAUGAAGCCUGCGCCUGCGCACUGGCCACGCUCAACCACUUCGUAUCGCAGUGCAACGAAGGCGCUCGCAACACGGAACGCGUGGAGGAAAUGUUCCGAUUGGCACACGCGAUAGAAUUCCCCGCGCACGUGCGCAACCCGCCGCUACUGGGGCCCGCCUGCUCGCGCCGCGACAAAAGGCCGGUGCGAUGGUUAGUACGAUCGGGCGAGAUGACGCAGCUGGUGUGGAAGGCGGAUGAGCUAAAGCUAACGUUCGGCCGCAAGUACCACAAGGUGCCGCUGCAUCUGUUCCUGUUCAACGAUCUCCUCGUCAUCACCAAGAAGAAGAGCGACGAGAGUUACGUAGCGGUGGACCAUUGCCCCCGCUCGCUGCUAGAAGUAUGCGGCGGUGAGGCAGCCGCCCGGCACACGCUGCUCGUCACUUUACUGGAGAACCACGAGGGCCGGACCAUAGAAAUGGUGAUGUCGUGUGCGAGCGAGACAGACCUAUCCCGCUGGACAGAGGCGCUGGUCCCGCCGAUGGGCGAGGCCGGCGAGGCGGUGUACGCGGGCUGGGACUGUCCGCAAGUGGCCGCACUAUACGCAUACCACGCCGCGCAACCCGAUGAACUAUCGCUGGCUGAGGGAGACGUCGUCAACGUCACUAGGAAGACGAGCGAGGGCUGGUACUACGGCGAGCGUACUCGCGACGGCGAAAGCGGUUGGUUCCCAGGCGCUUACACCGCUGAGAUUGCAUCCGCUCACGUGCGCGCGCGCAAUUUGAGGCAACGCUAUCGACUGCUCGCGCUAUCCGGCACUUAUCUAGGGCAGAAGAGAAAACCGCUCACUUGAAUUUCGGAACUGAAGCUAAAUGAACGAUAUUUGGAUAUAUCACCUCUUGAAUGACUUUGUUUUUAACAAAAAAUUUUAAUGUGGAUAGAAGAAAGUUAAAAUGCGUUUUAUGGAAAUAAAGCUGAACCAAUGAUAUUUGGAUAUAACACCCGUUGAAUGUAGGAUAAGAUCGUUUAUAGUUUGUCGUCAACAAGCAAUGUGGAUAGAGGAAGAUUAACGCGUUUUCUUUCAGCUCACUCGUUAUGUCACAUUGGCAAUAAUAUUAUUAAAUCAAAACGAAUAAUGGUGAAAAGAAAUGUCCUACUUUGGCAAACAUUUUGCACUUGUGUGUCUCGAUUGUGAAGUAGUGUUGUUAAUCUUAAAUCGAAAAUAUUUCUUAGAUUUGAAUGUUGAAACCAUUCAAAAGUAAAUAAAAAUAUCAUGGUUAAGAUUUUUUAACUUAUUUUUUUUAAUUGAGAUGCUGAUUCCUACAACAUAGGUGUCAAUUUUGGCGUGUUUCUCUAAACCUAAAACUAAAUUUGACAACAGUGCGUCCAUGUCCUUCUCUGUACAGGAUGAAAAGGAGAGAUUGGUGUUAAUUUUACUUUCUGGCAUGAUUCCCUAAAGCUAAACUUAAAUUUGACAACAGUGCAUCCUUGUCCUUCUCUAUACAGGAUGAAAAGGUGAGACUGAUGUUAAAUUUAGUUUUAAGUUUAGAGAAACACGCCAGAAUCGACACCAUUGUCAUUUAUUCCGCGUUAUUCAUACAUUCCACGCGUCAAAAAAAUAACCAUACGACCAUUGAAAUAAAGUCGAUUAUCCGAGUUUAGAUUAGAUACACUUAGCAAUGAUCAAAGUUGUGGUGUUUUAACUUGCACGUCGUUUUGUAUACUUGCCGCACUCGUUGGUAUUACAUCACACGGUUGUCCGUCCAAGACACUGCCUUAAUUUAGUACCUAUAAAGAGUUAUAUGUAGAAGUAUUUUCGGACCAAUUUUAUGAAUUCCAAUGGUGCACCGACAUUAUUGUUACGCAAAUCUAUAGGGUGCUUUAGCUGAUUACUAAUUAGUCGACCUGUAUCGUAUUACACACUCUCAAAGAGUCUUUUUUUAUAAUUAUAAUAAGUAAAUAUAUUUAAUAAUUGUUAAUAUGAAAUGUACAGUUACGCAUGAGAUUCACCGUAUAAUUUUGUACAGAGUAUUUCAAAAUAUGAACUUUCUGAUUAGUUCUUAAGUUAUUACGAUUGUAUCACGAUAUUUUUAUGUAAUUUACUUAUUGCUGCAUUGUAUAGGCUGGCCGCGAGCUGAAAUUAACUAGUCAUAAAAGCGAUGCCAGCUUUAUUAUUAAUAAUUCGUUUUGAUCAAUGACAUCACAAUUGAUUUUAAUAACAUUCCGACAUUUGAAGUAGCGUUUGUAUGGUUUCUAAAUAUCCAAUGUAUUGCUUAUUCCAUACAAUGGAAAGUUGUUCGUUCUAAUCCAAUGUAUUGCCAUCUAUUGGCCAAUUUUAGAAACAAAAAUGUUAUAAAACUAUCAUCAGCUAUGUAUGUACUUACCUAAUAAAUUAUUGUUUGUAUAUAGAAUUAUUUGCAUGUUAUAGUCGACAAGACUUAUUUAUAGAUAAGUAAUGAAUAAUUUACAAUACAUUAUUUGAAUAAAUAAAUAAAUUUAUUUCAAAAUGUGGUUUUAAUUAUUUUAUUAACUUAAGGUAACGUUACUUGUAUAAAAAUAAUAAACGAUGUUUCUAUAACAGGUAGGUAGUUGUAAACGUCACAUAAAAAAUAUUCUUUUUUUUACUUAACCGUGUAAAGUGCAGAGAAAAAAUCUGAUAAGGUAUAAAAUUCUUUAUUUGUGUACUUGGAACUGUUAUUAUGGAUGUGUACCUUUUUAAGUACAUCAACGCCAUAGUAAACAAAGAUUAAGUUAUGUCAUCCAUCAACAGAACAGAAGAAUAAAAUCAAUAUAAAAGUCUUAAUAUAAAAACAACAGUAAAAAGCGAAUAAAUAAAAAAAUAUUUAUAAAAUGCACUUAAGAAUUAAUCAGAUCCUGGAAAUGUAAAUUCGAAAAAUUAAUAUAAUUAGAAGGGUAACAGAUGUGAUUGUGCAUGCUAAGCCGAAUGUAUAUUUAUUACUUAAAGCAAGCCCUAUUAUACAACUAUACUUAUUAUCUCUAAAUGUCUCAAAAAUUGUACAAAAACAUCAAAAUAGAUCACAAACUUAUUCAAUAAAAUGGUUUAAGGACCUUGUGUGCUCUUCUAAGUACCCACUAUUUUGAGAUAUUCGUAACAGCCAACUUAAUUAGUGUACAUGUGAAUAAAUUUUAUAGAUUUAAUUAAAUUCUAUCACCAAACAUAGUAUGCGCUAACUGGCAUACUGAUUUAUUAGCACUUUAGCCAUACCGAGAUAAGAUUGUGUGAUAUAGGUAGCAGCAAACUUCUUGAGCAAAACCACAGAGAAAUUAACUUGCGCAGUAGACGCUUUUGUAUGUAAAAUUGGUACUGCGCAGGCUUCCUUGUCUAUGGACGAUAUUUAAGAAGUUUGCCAGGGUGUAUAACACCAUCUAAAGUAAAUGAAAUUUUUAAAUAUUAAUAAAGUUCUUCAACAAAUUAGGUAAUAAACAAAUAACACUACAUACAUAGUUUAGUAUUCUCACUGUAGCAUCGCCAACACCUUACUCAAAAUGAGGCAAAAUGAACCUGGCUGUACAUAAGUAGUAAUAGAUCAGUAUCUCGUUAAAAGUGCAUACUUUGUCCGUAAAUAGAUCACAUUAUAAAAUAUAAAUAAAAUCUAUUAAAAAUUAUGAAGUUAUUAUUAUUAAUGUCAAAAUAUAAAUGCAAUAUAAAUUCCAACUUGACAUCAACUACUUUUUCCACACUGAGGGCCAAUUCACACUGGAAUGGCAACAACUCAACGAGUGCUUUCACUGUGAAAUUAUUUUGAACUUUAUCUUGCAACUUCUUCAAGCUUUUCAAGCAAUAGUGGUCUUUUACAUUAUAUAUAAUUUAAAUAUAAAAAAAGUGAAUUAUUUGCCGAGUCGCUACCACUCCAAUGUGAAUCAGCCCUAAUGGUGAUUAGAUAAGAUGCUGAACUAAAAUCAAUGUACUAAUGUAAGAGGUUAAUUAAUGUUAUGCAAAAGGAACAUUUCAACUGAGCGAUGAUUGCAAUCGUUUUACCAAUUAAUUGCAGUAAGAGUUUAUGAUAUGACCCUUCACUUUACAUUUCCAUUCUUUAGAGAGAAAUAACAAGAUAUAAUAUGGAAUGAAUUCAGUCAUAUAUAACAAUUUGUGACACCAAUUUGUUGAUUACCUACACUUUAGGCCAUCCUUAAUAAAUUACCUACAUUAGAGUAGUGACGCUUUUUUAAUCUUCAUUUAAAUAAACAAAAGUCUUUAAGGCAAUUUUACUAUCCUAAAUGGAUAAAUUAUUAAGGAUAGCUAACAAAUAUUUUACCCAUAUUUACUUAAGGCAAUCAAAUUCUCGUCUUCGAAGAGUUGUCCUUAACUUCAAAAAGUUUUCUUACAAAAUACACCUGCAGUGUUGCUGUGGCAGCUAUUGCUAAUAUUUGUAUGAAGGACCAUCUGAAAAAAAAACAAUAAUAACAUUUAUUAUACAAUGCUAAUUUAAAUAAAUAAAAUUCCCUAGAGCUUGUUCUGGACUUCUUUAAGGUAUAGACAUUAAACUACAAAUAUUUAAAGAAUAGCAAUAACAUAAAAUGUUAUCUCAUAAUAAUUUUAUGAAUGCCAAGAAUUGCAUCCAAGUUUGAUAAGAAGAAUGUUAUUUUGAUUUUAUUUUAAGCAUUUAACUGCUAGGUAAAUCUAAAGAAAAUUAUCCAUAUUCAGUCGCUUUUUAUAUGAAACUUGGACUAAGUGCAGUGUCUUCUAGUGAAAUUUUCUUUAGAUCUAAAAAUGCGAUACAAAAUCAGUACGCAAGAAUGAAUACCAACCUGAGUACAUAUGUAUUAUUGUCCAUUAAUAAGUUGUAAUCCCGAGAUUCUCUUGCUCGAGAGUGAUACUGAUAUUGUAGUAUAUCAUUGAUAUUACGCUCCACAAAUUGUAUAGAACUCUGAAAAGAUGUUAAACAAAAAACUAUUAAAAAUACAUAAUACUUGAAAAGCUAAAUUCUUGAUAUCCAACCCUGCUCUGAAAGGAAAUAGCCAUACAAACAUUCUACAUAGGUACAACCAAGGAUGAUUUCUUACUAUGAUAAAAGGGCUCAUUCAUUUCAAAUGAAAAGUGAGGUAAAUAAAUUAUUCACUAAGCCACAUGGGAACCACAGUAUCAAAAGAAUUAAAAAUAUCUUUCUUACUUACAGUAAAGUUUUUAAUAUUCAUGUCGAGCUCUUCCACCUCUUUGGCGUAUUUUUCCCACAUGUCGUAUCUGAUCACGGAGAGGUAAAGGUUGACAAGCUUGCCCGCGAAACGUGAAAACUGGUUAUCGAUACACACUGCAUAGUAGCCUCCCGACGAGGUCUGGUCUGCGUACUCCGCACUCUGCCGCCACUCGUAGGGGUGCACAAUCUGACCGUUCGGGUGCCGCACCGCAAACCCGCACAUGCCAUCACCACCUUUCAAUACCUA